CAGGUUUGUUUGUUAUUGAAAAAAACUACCCAGUUCUAUCCACUUCAGCUAGAACACUUGAGCAUUAUAGGAAAACAGUCACACUUUACAGUAAAUGCAUCAUUUUUAGAGGUGCUUUUGUAGGAAAAUAAGACUGGCAAAAAGUAGAUAUAUAGCAACAUCAGAAGACUUUAAAGGUUGCUUGAAAUCCAAAAAUGGAUGCCACAGAGUUUCGGAAAAGAGGAAAAGAAAUGGUGGAUUACAUUGCAGAUUACAUUGAGAAGAUAGAGGAGCGACAGGUCUAUCCUGAUGUAGAGCCAGGUUACUUAAGAGCCCUCAUUCCAGAGUUUGCUCCUGAAAAACCUGAGAGAUUUGAAGACAUCCUUAAAGAUGUUGAAAGGAUAAUUAUGCCUGGGGUGACUCAUUGGCACAGUCCCUACUUCUUUGCCUAUUUUCCUACUGCCAACUCUUUCCCGGCUCUUUUGGCUGAUAUGUUAUCCGGGGGCAUAGGAUGCAUUGGAUUUUCAUGGGCUUCAAGCCCAGCUUGCACCGAAUUGGAAACAGUAAUGCUGGAUUGGCUAGGAAAAAUGAUCAAUUUGCCUCCACAAUUUCUGGCUGGGAAGGAUGGAGAAGGAGGUGGGGUAAUCCAGGGAACUGCCAGUGAAGCUACCUUGGUUGCCCUGCUGGCAGCUCGAACCAAAGCAAUCCAUCAUGUUCAGUUAGACAAUGAAAAUCUGACUCAGGGAGAAAUCAUUGGUCGACUGAUAGCUUAUACUUCUGAUCAAGCUCAUUCAUCAGUUGAAAAAGAUGUCUUGAUUGCGGGAGUGAAAAUUAAACAAGUUUCCACAGAUGACUCAUUUUCUGUACGUGGGUCAACUCUGAGAAAAGUUAUAGAUGCAGAUAAAGCUGCUGGUCUUAUCCCAUUCUUUUUGUGUGCAACUCUUGGAACUACAACAUGCUGCUCCUUUGACAAUCUGCUAGAAUUGGGUCCCAUUUGUAAUGAGGAAAAUAUUUGGAUGCAUAUUGAUGCAGCCUAUGCUGGGAGUGCUUUCAUCUGCCCUGAAUUUCGUUACCUUCUCAAUGGAGUAGAGUAUGCAGAUUCAUUCAACUUCAACCCUCAUAAGUGGCUCCUGGUCAACUUUGAUUGUUCUACAAUGUGGGUGAAGAAGAGAUCGGAUUUAACAUGUGCCUUUAAAAUAGAUCCUGUUUACUUGAAGCAUGAUCAUGAUGAAUCUGGAUGCAUUACAGAUUACAGGCACUGGCAGAUUCCUUUAGGUAGAAGAUUCCGUUCUUUGAAAAUGUGGUUUGUGUUCCGAAUGUAUGGUGUGAAUGGAUUACAAGAAUACAUCCGCAAGCAUGUUAGGAUAGCACAUGAAUUUAAGGACUUGGUGCUACAAGAUGAUCGAUUUGAAAUUUGUUCUGAUGUCAUACUGGGAUUAGUAUGCUUCCGAUUAAAGGGCAGCAAUGAACUUAAUGAAGUGCUUCUUAAAAACAUAAAUGAUGCCAGGAAGAUUCAUCUUGUUCCAUGUCAUCUGAGAGGAAAAUUUGUGCUGCGUUUUGCAAUUUGUGCCCGCACAGUGGAAUCCACCCAUAUCCAGUUUGCUUGGAAGCACAUCACAACAAUGGCAACUGUACUUCUGAAAACACAAAAACAGAGUACUGACUGAAAGACAAAAGGCUGGAUUCAACUCCAAAUAUAAAGGAUAGUAUGAAUUCUGUCUAGCCUGAUACUUGUUUGAUAUUACUAGGAACAUACAGUACUGUAAUUAGGUUGAGUAGGUUUAUAAGUAAAAGAGUAAUACUGGUAAUCUUCAUUUAAUGACCACUUGUUCAGUGACCACUUGAAUUUAUAACAGCAUGCACCGAAUGGUAGUUAUGAGUGAUCCUUAUUUUUAUGGCUGUCACAAUGUCUGUCCUAUGCUCAUGUGAUUGCUAUUUGCUACCUUCUUUGCCUGCUUCUAACAAUCAAAGUCCAUUAAGAAGCCGGCAGGAAGUUGCAAAUGAUGAGACAUAAUAUCCUUGCUUAACAAUCUGUAUUUAUUUUCAUAACAAGCAGAGCACCACAAAUACUGUUGCUAAUGGCACAGUUAUGUGGCAUCAAGCUUUAUGACAAUGCUAGUUAAUAAUAAAUUCUGGUUCCAAUUAUUGCUGUUAAGUGAGGAUUACUAAUAAUGUUUUUUUCUCAAUCAAACCAUGAAUCAUUUUGUCUAAUAUUUUCAUUUUAAAAGAGCAACCAAUAUUUUGCAUCUGAAAACUGCCAAAUACAGUGAGAGUUGUAUAUAUUGGGACAAUAAAUUGGGGGUGGAUGCAUGAAAAUGGCUAUAAUUCCUCAAUGGUUAAUGCAUACUUUUAUCAAACUCUGUGAAUUAAAGGUGCAAGUCUUUACUUUGCUCACAUCUUGAGUAUUUUAUUUCAGAUUCAGUGUGUGAUGUACAGAGGCCAAAUGCCAAAAACCUUAUUGUCUCAGUAUGUAUGAACCUGACUGUAAGCCCUGACAAUUAUGAUCUUCUCCUGUUUGACCCUAGCAUCUUUGAGGUUAUGGUUAUUGGCAGAAUAUAAAAGUGAAUCAAUCUGCCUGCAAUAAUUGUCUUUUUAGGCCAGUGAUGAUGCCUUGUGGCAGAUGAUACCAAAUCAUAAAGAUCAGAACUAUUAGAUAAAAGUUUGCUCAGCUAGAAGAUUCUGUUGUCACUUGUUGCAGUGCAGCAAAUUAAAAAAUGACAUUUGGAGGGAAGGUAGACAGGGUUAGUGCUUCUUUUCUAAUAACAACCACCUUAUCUCUGACAUUGCAAUUUUCAUCUCAGUUUUUGAAUAUUUUCAUUUUUUCAUUUUUCAUUUUUAGCAUUCCUUUCCCCCCCUUUUUUAGAAAAAAACUGGGGUUUUUAUUGCUAUAUCUUAACUUCAACCCGUGCUCUAGAGCAAUGGCAUCAAACUCAAAUAGAAUAUUGACUUAGAAAACCAGCACAUUUAUUUAUUUCUUUUUUUAUUAAUACAUCAACACAUUGUAAUCAGAUAGGAACUAAAUAUAACUAAUACAUAAAAAAGAAACACAUUAUUAUGAAUUUGACCCUUUGUUUUCAAUAUUUAUGGCUAUAUAUAUUUCUUCACCUCCUCACUCUGUGCUUCCUCCUGGCCUAUCACCAAAUUAUUGCACAAAUCACCUCCUCAUCUCUUAUUCUCACUUGCUAACUCCUUGCAACGUUGCCUCUAAUUUCAUGUGCAGAAAAUAUUGUUUUGUGCAGCUUUUUCCAAACCAGGUACACAUUUGUGCACCACUAUGCAAGAAUAUGAGUAAAUUGUAAAUAUAUGUAAUAGUGACAUGAUAAAGAAUUUACAUAUUUCUUAAAGUAUAAAAACUAGAAUAUUAUAUCACAUAUUUGCUUGAAAACAAUCCCUUCAAAUCAUUUUGGAUACCUGAAAACUGCCCCAUUUUUUAGAAGCGACAUGACAUUUUUUUCUUCCUAAAAGUAAGAAAGUAAGAGAGGUGACAGACCCAAGGUCAUCUAACUGGCUUCAUGCCCUGGGCAGGAUUAGAACUCUUGGUGUCUUGGUGUUUAAUGUGACAAAUUAACUACAAUAUAGUAUUACACAAAACUGGGUCCAUAUAUAGAGACUUACAGUUUAUAAUACAAUCAAUUCUCUUUUUUCUUGGAAUGUGAUAUUGUAAUGAAAGAAUUUUUUUUUAAAAAAGUAAAAGCAUACCCAAAGCA